AUGUCUGAUAGCAAAGUGUACAAGGUUUUGUGCUUGCAUGGAUACAGGCAGGAUGCAAAGGCUUUCAAAACAAAGUCCGGCGGAUUUCGAAAGAUACUGAAAAAUCAUUGUGAUUUUGAGUUUAUCGAUGCACCGCAUUUAAUUCCACAAGGCGAGCAAAAUCCAAAUGACGAUAAAGACUGUUUGAGUUGGUGGUUCUCCGGUGAGAAUCCUCUGUAUUUCAGCUCUAAGCACGUGUCUAACUUUGUUAAAGGCUUCGAUGAGUCGAUCCAAAGAGUAAAUGAGGCGUUUGAGACAAAGGGACCCUUUGACGGCAUACUGGGGUUCAGUCAAGGCGGCUCAUUACUCUCACUCAUCUGUCUACUUAAACAUUUUAACGGUGAGGUUGAAAACUUUUGA